GCCGUUCCCUUCCGGAGCGGGGCGGAGGGCGAUGGCGCGCAUCACGCUGGAAGACCUGGACAGGCUGGGCGACGAGGAGGAGGAGGGCGAGGAGGAAGGGGGGGAGGACGAGGAGGACGAGGAGGAGCGGGGCCGGCUGUUCGCGCACUGGGAGGCCGUGGCCAGCACGCACCGGGUGAACCUGCCCCGAGACAUGGCGGGCCCCAUCGUCCAGAUGAACCGGCACAGACAGACGCGGGAGGCCGUGCCCCACGUCUCCCUGUCGCAGCACGGCAAGUGCGAGGAAGCGGCCUACGAGGAGCGGCAGUACCCAGCUGGGAAGUGGGCCUGUGUCACCAAGGGUGAGCCCCUGUAUGAGCAGAGCAUCUCCCUGAGCUUCAUGAAGCUCAUGCGCUACAUCUGCAAGGAGAACUCUGUAGGCUGCUAUCUGGGCAUGACCGUCCCGGUGCUCAAUGAAAUCCACCUGACCAAGGAGGGGACCGAGCUGGAGCGCGAGGUGCUCACUGCCUACUACAUCCCAGGAGAGUUCCAGCAAAACCCUCCUGCCCCCAUGGACCCCGAAAUCCACAUCACCGAGAGGGCACCGCUCCGGGUGAUAACCAGGGUGUUCUAUGGGGUGACCACCGAGGAGACCAUUCUGCGAGAGAUCUCUCUCUUCUGGGAGCUCCUGGGUUCCACGGACGCUGUGCUGCAGGAAACCUACAUCGUGGCCGUCUAUGAAAACCCCAGCAUCCCUCAGCGGCGCAACGAGAUCUGGUUCAUCCGCCGGGCAGAGUGAGGCCCCGCUGCUGUGCUGCCCUACGCUUGGCGAGCUGUGACCUGGAGGAGACGGCCAUGCGCCCUCACCCACCGCUCACCCACACACCCAGCUGGGGCACCCAGCCGGCACGCCGCACCAGGCGGUGACUGAGGGCUCGCCCGGCUGCGCUCCUCCGGCCCCGGGCGCGGGCUGCGGGCUCGUGCCGGCCGUGUAGUGUCCGGGUGCCAAAUGGCCGCCCGCGAGGCGUCGGGCUCCGCGUGGGCCUCCGCGAUUGCUGCACGGAGCCGCCGGAGUGCUGCCGCGGGGACAGGGGGACCCGAGGGGAGAGGGCCGGUUGCGGGCACGGUCGCCCGGCAGCCGGGAGGGACGGGUGCCACGGUGCCGAGGGCACCUGGAGCAGCGCGCUUCCCCGGAGGAGGCCGGUGGUGCCAACUCAA